AUGAAUAAUGGCUUUACGUACCCAGACGGCACAGGAUUGAUGCAAUUGUCUAAUAAGAACCCUCCUUCCUUUAACGAUUUGUAUAUACGCUUGCUACAUCCAAACGGCACGUUGACAAAACUUAAUUUUAACGAUACUGGCUUGUCCCAACAGUAUGCUUGCCCGCUUAAUAACGGAUAUGUGCUUAUAAUCCAGGGGAAAAUCAAUGACAAUAACGUUUAUGGGAAGUUGGUUGAUUGGAGUGGGCAAGUGUUACAACGUGACAUUAUGCUUGCUGAAAACCGUACUUCGUUAAUAUCGAUUGCAAAAGCUAAUGUCGAUCCGGAUAAGGGCUUCCUUGUAGCAACUUCGUAUUAUAAUACAGUUUUAUGGAAAAUCUUCAGGGCACCCCACAAUAGCACGAAUCAAAUAAUCAAACUGCACGAGGACACUCUUGAAAAUGUCAAAAACCAAACUCUGCAAAGUUUCCAAGUCUUUCCCACCACAGAGGGCGGUUACGGCAUAGCCCUUUUAAACAAGGUAUCAAAACCUGCUCUGAAUGAAACCUCUUCUCCACAAUGGUUUUUUAAGGGGCGGCGUGAAUACGUGAAAGUGGCAUUCUUAUCUAGUGGUGCUGUAACAAAUGUCAACGUGAUAUUGAAUGAUACAUUACAACCACGACGGUCGUCGCAGCACUUAAUGCGCCCCUUCUAUCGGCCUCCCCACCGGUCCGGGUCUCCAGAUUUACCCUAA